AUGAUAGUCGUCCGGAUUGUAAUUCACGAAAGCCUGAAAAUAGCGAAAAGACCAUCAGAAACGACCACAGUGGAUGAACUCAGCGGUGACUUGGGAUCUGAAGCCGUGCGCAGGCGGCAACGACAGCGAUCAUGGAUCCGGUACCUCAAUGAUAUUUGCGACUUUGGGAAGCCGCUGCAUCGUUGGGUAAGUAGGUUAUAA